AGACAGCAGUGAUUUUCACUGCUUUGUGUGAUCCCUUGGGGAUCCCCAGGAAACACCGCGAAGCCUUGCUCUAUACAAUAAAUUUGGAUAAGACAAUGCAAGACUCUGCUGUGCCGAACAGAUAAUGAUAAUUGAACUCGUGCUUGCUUUGAUAUCACUCUGGCUUUUCUACGAACUUUACUGGAAGCGACGGAAUCUGCCACCAGGUCCUACACCAUUACCAUUUAUCGGAAAUCUUCAUACGCUGAUUCGACACGAACCAGGCUAUACUGCGUAUGAGAUGUGGAGACGAAAGUAUGGACCAGUUUAUACUUUUUGGAUGGGACCACAUCCUUUCGUAAUGAUUAGCGAUUAUCCCACACUAAAAGAGACCUUCGUCAAAGAUGGCGAUGCUUAUACGGGAAAAUUUCAACUCGAAGAGGUUACAACGAUUUAUAGAGGAGGAAACUACGGAAUCAUUGAGCUUUCGGGCGAACGAUGGCGUGAUCAGAGAAGAUUUGUUUUGCAUGUGCUGAAAGAUCUUGGUCUUGGCAAGAAUGGCAUGGAGCAGAGGGUGAGAAUAAAUCAUUGGCAAAAAUUAAAGAUCCUAAUGGAAGUAGAAGCCAUGACAGAUGUAUUGGAAGCACAGCAAGGCAAAGAAGUCAACAUACAGGAUGUUUUCGAUGUGGCUAUCGGUUCAGUGAUUAAUCAGCUUCUUUUUGGCUACCGAUUUGAUGAGAAGCACCUUGACGAGUUUCGGGAGCUGAAAACUCUCAUCUCAAAACAAAUGCGUGAUGGUGCACAUCCAGCAGUCAGCAUGUUUUUCCUCUACCCAUGGCUUGCAGCCUUCCCAUAUUUCAACACUGUAGCUAAAAUGAUGCUAAGCUAUCGCGACGCCUUCUUCUCAUUUUUCGAUAGACAAAUUGCUGAACAUAAGAAAGUUAUAAAUUAUGAUACGAACGAGGCCAACGACUAUGUGGAAGCUUUUUUGAAAGAACAACGACGAAGGGAGGCUGAAGGAGAUAAAGAAUCUUUCAGUCAUGUUCAACUAACAAAUGUUUGCUUGGAUAUGUGGUUUGCUGGCAUGGAAACAACAUCAAAUACCCUUUCCUGGGGUGCGGUCUAUCUUCUGAAUUAUCCGGAUGUUCAGGAUAAAAUGCAUGAAGAGCUGGACCGAGUGAUUGGAUCAAAUCGAGCGAUCACUAUGGCUGACAAGAAUAACUUACCAUAUGUUAACGCAGUUAUCAAUAUUUUUUCGUACUAUAAAACCGAAGAUAUUGCUUUUCAAAAAGCCAGUAGAUAG